CAAGUCAGAUAACCCUAUAUAAAUUGGUUCACUUUUUAUCUCAAAUCAUUUAACAGUUAGUUGGUCGUUCAGUGUUAGUUAUGCUCAAGAUGGUGACCUGCAUGUAUAUACUAUUAUUUACACUUGUGGCUUGGGUAGCUGCAGAAGACAAGGUGGUAGACGUUUCCCACUGGAAUGGUCGGAUCAACUGGACUGAAGUAAGGGCAGCUGGAGUGAAACUCGCCAUCGCCAAAGCUACUGAGGGAGGCACAUACACAGACGACACCUUCGCAACCAACUGGAGAGGGAUAAAACAAAGCGGUAUUCAGCCCGGGGCCUACCACUACCUCAGGGGUGGCACAUCCACGGCGCAGGCUCAAGUGCAGAACAUUAAAAACGCCUUGAAAUCCGUCAAUUUUGGUGCGAACGAUAUGCUCGUCAUUGACGUAGAAGAGCAGUUCAACCAGAACGUCAGCAAAGACAAGAUGGCGGACGUUUUGAAAGCUGUUCUCGACGGACUGAAGGGAAGUUUCAGUAACUUGUGGAUUUACACAGGACCUUCCUACUGGGAGAACAAGGUUGCCUGGAGGAAAUACGACUUUAGCCAAUACAAGCUAUGGAUUGCCCACUACACCACGAAAAGUCAACCGACAAUCCCUUCGACAUGGAAGACCAAGGGGUACAGUCUGUGGCAGUACACGGAUAAAGGGAGGGUGAACGGAAUCAGUGGAAAUGUGGACAUGAGUAGGUACUAGAACAAACUAUGAGUGUUUUAAAGAAGAGGCUCAUUACUAUUGAAAUUUUUCAUAUCUAUAAAAAUGAAGGUGAUGUAUAUGCGAAGUAAUCAAUAUUUUAUGUAUAGAAGUAAUAUACAUAAAUGAAACGUUUUGCUUACAUUUCGUAAAAGAACAACCCUAGCCUAACCGAAACCAAACCUUACCUAACCACAACUUAACUCAACCUAACCUCGUUUACGUGAUCUUUUUAAUAUAGAAUACAUUUCAAUGGUGGCGGCCCUAUUCGAGAAAACUGAUGUUAGUUUUGAAAGUGAUUAUUUAUUGCUUUUUUGUACACUAAACGGAUUCUUAUUUUUCUUUAAUGACUAAGCUGUGAUGAAUAACCCAUAAUACCCAACCUAUCCUAAAAUUAAAUCCAGGUCUAUUAUAAACAAUACUGAUGAGUAUAACUGAGAAGUUACACAAUUAACGUUGAAUUAAUUUUACAGCAAAAUUAUAUGACUUUGUAAAAAUA